CACACUCCCUAUGCAGAGAGAGACGAUGGGGAGGCUUAACUUACCCAAUUUCAUUGUGUUGCUUUUGAACUUGGGAAGUUUGCUUGCUUCUCUUGCCUGCCCUGAAUGUCCUUACCACCCAACUCCGCCGCCCAAAUGUCCUCCGGCGCCCAAACAUCCUCCCAUUGUGAAACCUCCGUUUCACCCUAAACCACCAAAACAUCCACCGCACCCUCCCAAACCACCGAAGCCUCCGGUGGUUAACCCUCCAUAUCAUCCUAAACCACCUAAACAUCCACCGCAUCCUCCCGAAACGCCGAAGCCUCCGGUUGUUAACCCGCCCUAUCAUCCUAAACCGCCUAAACAUCCACCGCAUCCUCCCGAAACGCCGAAGCCUCCGGUUGUUAACCCGCCCUAUCAUCCUAAACCGCCUAAGCAUCCACCGCAUCCUCCUAAGCCUCCUGUCGUAAGGCCUCCCCAUGUACCCAAACCACCUGUUGUAAAGCCUCCACCUUACGUACCCAAACCUCCGGUUGUUAAACCCCCAACACCUUAUCAUCCAAUACCGCCGGUCAUAUCACCACCAUUUGUGCCUCCAAAGCCUCCGGUCUACCCCAGUCCUCCUAUAGUGAAUCCGCCAACACCGCCGAUUCUGCCACCUCCAUCACCUCCUAUCGUGAAGCCACCAACACCAACGCCACCAACUCUUCCUCCUCCAUCACCUCCUGUGGUGAAGCCACCCCCGGUGGAGACACCAUGUCCUCCGCCGCCGCCGCCCGUGCCAUAUCCGUCCCCGCCGGCGCAACAAACAUGCCCCAUCGACACGCUUAAGCUGGGCGCAUGCGUGGACGUGUUAGGUGGUCUGGUGCACAUCGGCAUAGGCAGCAGCGCGAAGUCCACGUGCUGCCCCGUGCUUCAAGGGCUGCUGGACUUGGACGCCGCCAUAUGUCUCUGCACCACGAUCAGGCUCAAGCUUUUGAACAUCAAUAUUAUACUACCCAUCGCUCUUCAGCUCCUCAUCGAUUGCGGCAAGACUCCACCUUCGGGAUUCCAGUGUCCGGCACAAUGAUGAAAACUGAAA